UGCGACCAUCAUGAUCCAUACAUCAUGAUCAGGUCAUCAUGAGCAAGGCACCCUCCGCCGAAUCUGCUAGAUCUAAGUCACACACUGUGAUCACGGCUGUGACGUUGCUGUGCACACUGUAGUACUUAUUUUGAACUGCUCGCUACAUUUAUUUACCUGUUGGGCCACACGAAAUAUGGCAGAUUCCUUCGGUUUGCAGCUAGCCAAGGUAAUCAGUCGUGCUCUGUCCGCAACCAUUCUCUAAUGUCUUCCGUCAAUGAAGUACACUAACGUCGCCGCAUUAGCAAUCCUAAUUUAUGACUACUUUAUCACGUUACAAUCUGAAGUUCAGUGGACCUUUGGACGGAAGUGGGGAGUUGUUCGCACUACCUUCACGGUUUCGCGAUAUGUGCCUUUUGCUGGUGCAGUCAUGACCUUGUACUCCGCUCUCAAGACAUGGGGCACGCAAAAUUGUGUGCCAUUUAAUGAUGCUGUCAGUGGCAUGCAUUUCUUGGGAAUCAUUGCCUCGGAAGGAUUAUUGAUUGCCAGGAUCUACGGCUUCUCUGGCAACAACAACACUUGCCUGAUCGUUCUUCUCUCUUUUAGUUCGGUCAUCUUGACGAUGGCAGUGAUUCUAAGUGCCGCCCCUGUCGAUUUGAAUAUCCCAAGAGCCUCCCCGCCUUGCGUGUUCGAGGGGGCUCGUAGUAGUGCCCUUCCGUAUGGACUCUUAUUGUUCUUCGAGAUUGUUCUCAUGUCCACCACCGCAUUUUUGAGAUAUCGACACUAUCUUGGUUCUCAUAGCACGCUGAUGAGGAGUAUCUAUCGUGAUGGACUGCUCUACAUGUUCUGCAUCAUGAGUAUGAACACCAUCAAGUUGUUGAUUUUGUGCUAACAUCUCUGUAGUGGUAUCUGCAGCCAAUGUAAUUGUAAUCGCUGUGCUACCU